CCCGUCUCCCCCCCUUAGAGCCCCCCCCCCCAAAUCACUCACAUUCCAGGGGACACGGUUCAGCCCAUAGCGAGAGGUAACCCGAUGGAAGUGUGUUGAGUUCGGCAGAAGACCCUCGCACAGGGCCCCAGGGGCUGUGGGUACAACCAAGGUCAGGUGUUUCCUAUCACAGCGACUGUACUUGUGCUGGCCGGCUUACUCCUGUUAGGAAAGUCAGCGCUUUCCCUCUUAAGAUGCAGAGUGGUUGUUGCCACCUGGGGGGCCCAGAAAGAUCUGUUUACCUGGCAAUAGGUCCCACCUUUUCUCAAAGCUUGGGGGUGUUGGGGGUGUUUGGGAGCCCCGGGAGCCUUGAGAUGCAGCCAUUUCUCAGGCCCGACUGAGGUCCUUUUGGUCUGUGGGCUGGGAGUCAAAGUGAGGGCCCAGAUAGGGCAAUGGGAACAGGCCGGGCUGGGGGUUUGCAGAAAGAUGGAGUGCUGGCACGGUGUCCCUUGAACCUGUCUGUGGGGCUGCGACCUGCAGCAGUUUCAGCAUCUCGAGACACCAGCCACGGGCGAGGCCCAGCACCAGCCAACCCUCCCGCCCGGUGCCAUCCCGGGGGCCCGGGUGGGCCUGCCUGUACCCCCUUCCUCACUUCCCACACUCUCCACACGCUGGACUAAGUUGGAUUUCCCUUUCAUGCUAAAGAGCACAAGGCCGGCCGGGUGUGAGUUCAGGGAAGAAUGGAGGCCGGGCUUGGAGUUGAGGGCGGGCACGGUCAGCUGCCCCUGGCGGAGCGCACAGCUCAGGCCGGCGAGCCAAGGCCGUGGGGGGGGUGCGGGUCGGGGUGGACCAGGGGCUCACAUGGCGUCUGAUUCAGUCCUUCUGUGUCUCAGCUCCACUCUCAGCUCUGUGGCCUCAUUCAGGCCGGGGGCUGCCCUCACUAGGCUGGGUAGCGGACAGGCAGAGCCGUCGGUGCCCCCGGGGACAGGCCGGGGGAGGGUUCUCCUGGAGAUGGAUUCUUCCCGCAGAUCGGACCGCCGCUGGAAUUCCGCAUCCACUCCCGCUGCCAUCGCUGUCACGCCCUCGGAGAUGCCGCAGCUGGUCUUCCCCGGCCCCCCGUUGGCCACCAACAGCGAGUGUGACUGCACGCCCCCCAGCAGGCGGGCAUCCCUCGGCUCACCCCUGAGCCAGCCGCUGUGCCAGCCGCAGCCCGAGAAGCAUGGGCCCCAGGCGGCCCGGGAGGUGCGCUACGUGGCGACGGGGCGGCCGGACGAGGCCUGCGGCUGGCGGGCCUUCGCGCCCACGUGCCUGCAGGCCUUCAACACACCCCGGGGCUUCCUGCUAUUCCUGUGCGCGGCCUCCUUCCUGCAGGGCAUGACAGUGAAUGGCUUCAUCAACACUGUCAUCACAUCCAUCGAGCGGCGCUACGACCUGCACAGCUACCACAGCGGCCUCAUCGCCAGCUCCUACGAUGUGGCCGCCUGUCUCUGCCUCACCUUCGUUGGCUACUUCGGAGGCCACGGCCACAAGCCUCGCUGGCUGGGCUGGGGCGUGCUGGUCAUGGGCGCUGGCUCGCUGGUCUUCUCACUGCCCCACUUCACCACCGGCCCCUACGAGGUGCAGGUGGACGAGGCCGUCGGAACAUGCCGGGCCAACCACAGCACAACCUGCAGGGGCCACGCCUCUGGCCUGUCCAGCUACCAGCUGGUCUUCAUGCUGGGCCAGUUCCUACAUGGCGUGGGCGCCACCCCGCUCUACACGCUGGGCGUCACCUACCUGGACGAGAAUGUCAAGUCCAGCUACUCGCCUGUCUACAUCGCCAUCUUCUACACCGCGGCCAUCCUCGGCCCCGCAGCCGGCUACCUGGUCGGAGGUGCCCUGCUGAAUAUUUACACCGAAAUAGGCCAGCGGACGGAGCUGACCACCGAGAGCCCGCUGUGGGUCGGUGCCUGGUGGGUGGGCUUCCUGGGCACUGGAGUGGCCGCCUUCCUCAUCGCCAUGCCCAUUCUUGGCUACCCGCGGCAGUUGCCAGGCUCCCAGCGCUACGUGGUCAUGAGAGCAUCUGAUACACACCAGUUAAAGGACAGCAGCCACAGGGUGACCAGCAACCCCGACUUCGGGAAAACCAUCAGAGACCUGCCUCUCUCCAUCUGGCUCCUCCUGAAGAACCCCACGUUCAUCUUGCUUUGCCUCGCCGGGGCCACAGAGGCCACGCUCAUCGCGGGCAUGUCCACCUUUGGCCCCAAGUUCCUCGAGUCCCAGUUCAGCCUCAGUGCCUCGGAAGCUGCCACCUUGUUUGGGUACCUGGUGGUGCCAGCAGGCGGUGGAGGCACAUUCCUGGGCGGCUUCUUUGUGAACAAGUGCAAGCUCCGGGGCUCAGGCAUCGUCAGGUUCUGCCUGCUCUGCAGCCUGACCAGCAUGCUGGCCUUCCUCGUCUUCUUCACGCACUGCCCCAACGUGCCCAUGGCGGGCGUGACCGCCAGCUACAACGGGAGCCUCCUGCCCGAAGGCCACCUGGGGCUGACAGACGCCUGCAACGCCGCCUGCGGCUGCCAGCCAGAGCACUACAGCCCCGUGUGUGGCCCCGACGGCCUCAUGUACUACUCGCCCUGCCACGCGGGGUGCCCGGAGGCGGCCUCGCCUGGCCCCGGUGGCCAGAAGCAGCGUCCCUGCACUAACGGCAACUCUACGGUAAGCCCGGGCCCGCGUUCACUCCGGCCCAGAACCUUCCCUUUGCAGCCAAGGCGGAGCUCUGCAGACCCCUGCGGGGGACGUGCCGGGCCCCCGGAAAGCUGUGGAAGGAGAGCGCUAACUGCCUCUGUGAGGUGCUUGCCACCUGGGGAUGCGGCCCGGGGCUCGGCCAGGACUCGGCCACUGGCGUGGGGUGUGACUUGGCCACGCUUCCCGGGCGUUGAUGCGCCGGUUUUCCAUUACAGGUGUGUCUGUGACCAGCAGCGAUCCUUUGCACUAGGAAUCCAGUGGAUCGUGGUUAGAACUCUAGGGGGCAUCCCGGGCCCCAUCGCCUUCGGCUGGGUGAUCGACAAGGCAUGCCUGCUCUGGCAGACGCAGUGCGGCCAGCAGGGCUCCUGCUUCGUGUACCAGAACUCAGCCAUGAGCCAGUACCUGCUUAUCGCAGGGCUGGCGUACAAGGUCCUGGGCUUCAUCUUCUUCACCACUGCCUGCUUCCUGUACAAGCCCCUGUCGGGGUCUUCGGACGGCCUGGAGGCUUCUCUGCCCAGCCAGUCCUCAGCCUCCGACAACCCCACGGACCUUCAGGAAGCCCCCUCAGCCCUCCAGAUCCAGAGCGACAUCUGACAGCCCACCCGCCUGCCCAGGGGCACGGGCCUGCCACGGCACUUCCUAGGAACAGUAUCUAAUUUCUCCCCGGAAGGGGUGACCCCUCCCUGAUUGAUCCCCAGCACUGAGGACCCUGCAAAAAUCUGCCAUUGGGUCUGGGGGGACUGAGCCUCAAAGGCACCGAGGAGAAAGAAUGCAAGACGUCCGAAUGGACGCCCCUGCCCCAGCCCCUCAGACCUCGCCAGAGAGAGUGGGGUGACCAGCUCUUGGCUCGGAAGGAGUGGCCCACUUCCUGGCCGGAUGCAGGGCUGCCUCUCUCUGGUCCGCUCACACUCUGGCCCUCUCCCACGGACUUAGCCAAAUAGCAUGCCCUGGGGCCUCAGAAUCCCUCGGAAACACAAACAGCUGUGCUUCUAAAGCAACGUGUGCGAUUCCUACGUAACUCCGUCAGUAGUUACGAAAAGUGCGAGGCCACCUGUGGACUUCGGGGAGAUACUUCUGGCAUCUCUCCUUUGAACGGCGGAUGUGGAGCUGGUGGCUGCCCGGCGGUUUACAAGCUCUCUUCUCUCUGGAGACGUUAAGGCCGGUGAUGCUGGCGCUGUUGGAGCUGCUCCAUGGAAGGGACAAAGCACCCACCCCCCGUGGGUGAGCUGGAGCUGGCGGUGCUUCUGCGCGGGUCCACACCAUCCUGUACGCGGCCUGGCGCUGACUUCCUGUGUUUCUCCUGAUGCAGAGGAGGCCAGUGGGCUGCCGUCCCCGGGGCACAUCCACGUGGACCCCUCUCCUGCGUGUGUUCUAAACCUGCUGUCGCCUCCCGUCCUUGGGGCCGCACAGCGCUGCAGCAGGACAGGAGCGACUUGCAUAAGGAUGUAUUUAUGGACGCGUAUUUUGCAUAAACACCUAUUUAUAGAAUUUGGUUUUUACCUGACGGUGUGCCAAGCACUUGUGAAUUCUACCUGGAGGGCGUCGGGACUCGCGUGGAAUGUCUGUUGUUGGUAAUCUCAGUUAAAACUGUGGGUAUGUAAAUAUAUUUUAAUAUUUAUAGCAUA